CGCUCUGCCUCCCACGCCUCGCCCAACAUCGUGCGCUGGCUCUCCUCCAAAUCUCUCGCCGACGAAAAGAUCGAAGACAUCACCGAGCUCUACGCCACCGCCCGAGAUGAAUUUGAGAUGGCGAUGGAGGAGACGGAGAAGAUGACCGUGUACGCGGAAGAGGAUCGGAAAGCGGCGAGGGAGGAACUCGACAAGGUUCAAGAGGCGUAUCGGAGUAUUGUGGACGGACCUGAUCAGCAGUUGGCGGAGGAGGUGCAGAGGCGGAUAGGGCAGAGAAUUAGGGAACUGGAGCAGGGGGUUGCUGCUAUGGAGGAGUUGGCGCAAAAUCAGGACUAG